AUCCCUGAAAGCGAGGGCUUCCAAAAAGCAUUCCAAGGAAUACGCCAAGGCACGGGCGCGAUACCCGUCGCCUCCUCUGUACUAAACUAAAUUUCUCCUGAGCCUCGAUUUCGAUUUCUCGCCCGGCGGCGUUCUGGGUGAUUUUGGCGUUUUCCCGGAUUCUUUUGUUCACAAAAAACACAUCUCGCACCACCCGGUCACUCACAUUUUCAUCAUUCUUUCUCUAAUUGACAGGGGCAGCGCCAAAAAUGAUGGCACCUCCGGGAGGAGGAAAGCCUGAGGUGUGUGUAAGUCGGAGCCUCGCGAGGGAGGUGACGUUGGAGAUCCCAGGGCAAAUCCAUAAAACGGGCGAGGCUGCAAAAUCAGCCCCCCGCGCGCGCGCUAUACAAACACACCCCCCCUCCCCCUUACCAGCCCGCUUUUUACGGCCGUUUCCGACUUCCAUUAUGGCGGGGGAGAAAACGUGGCAGGGGCCGUGUAGUGUGGCAGCGCGGUGCGAUUCUGCAGCUUUUUUUCGGGGUCCUCCUCCGCCGUUUUGGAGGCAGAUCUCACACGCCCCCUCCCUUUCCCAUCAGCUCUUCCAGGGGGGGCAACCCGAGCGGCGCUUGUCUCGCGACGGGGCGACCCGCCCGCUCCCCGCCCUCCACCAACCCAACCCAACCCAACCCAACCCUGUCCUUGGCUUCAAGUUUCCUGCAUCGCAUGGGCGCGGCUGUUUCACGAAACUGUUAUGGCUUUAUGAUUGGACGGACUGGCAGCGGGCUUUCUUAUUUCUGGAAAUACGGCUGGGCGGACGGACUGGGGGAAGGGAAAAAACAAGGAUGGGGGCCACUGGGCAGCGUUUUCAAGGGAGGGGGGUGUGUGGAUGGAUGGAUGGGGAAAAGUACCGGUACAGGGGCUCUCCCGUCAGCUUUCACGCCUGCGGCCCGCUUCGCUCGCGUGGGCAUCCACCCGCUUCCGCUUACCAGACAACCCCCCCCCUUCCUUCCCCCCACCUUUACCCUCGCACUGCGGCGGGUCCUCCCUCGGCAGACCGGGAAGAUCCCCUGACAACCUUGUAGGCUGCAGGUUGAUGGCGCGGCCCAGGGCUAGCGCAGUCCCAGCGGGUUGGGACGAGAUGGGGAGUGGGUGUGAGCUGGCUUGGCCGCCCUAGGUAUCCGGGGCUGCUUUCGGCUCCGCUUGUCUGUGGCCCUUGCCUUGGGAGCAACAGGACCAAGACUUGGGAAGAACGACGGAGCGGCUAAUAAGCAGGCGGGGCAGCGGGACCAGCCCACGUGAGACGAGAACACGGGGUAGAGG